GCGGUGCCGUGGAGGGGCGGGGCUGCCGGCUGCGCGCUGCGCGCUGCGCGCUGCGCGCUGUCCCAGGUCCGAAACUAGUGCCCCAGGCGGCGAGGAGCGCGCGGUGCCUGGCAGGGAUGCUGCAGGCUGGAGCACCAACUGGGGACUUACCCCGGGCAGGAGAAGUCCACACCGGGACAACCAUCAUGGCAGUGGAGUUUGACGGGGGCGUAGUGGUGGGUUCUGAUUCCCGGGUGUCUGCAGGCCAGGCGGUGGUGAACCGAGUGUUUGACAAGCUGUCCCCUCUACACGAGCGCAUCUACUGUGCACUCUCUGGUUCAGCUGCUGAUGCCCAAGCCGUGGCCGACAUGGCUGCCUACCAGCUGGAGCUCCAUGGGAUAGAACUGGAAGAACCGCCACUUGUUCUGGCUGCUGCAAAUGUGGUGAGAAAUAUUAGCUACAAAUAUCGAGAGGACUUGUCUGCACAUCUCCUGGUAGCUGGCUGGGACCAACGUGAAGGGGGCCAGGUAUAUGGAACCCUGGGAGGAAUGCUGACUCGACAGCCUUUUGCCAUCGGUGGCUCCGGCAGCACCUAUAUCUAUGGUUAUGUGGAUGCAGCAUAUAAGCCAGGCAUGUCUCCCGAGGAGUGCAGGCGCUUCACCACAGACGCUCUGCCCUGGCCUCAGGCCUCAGGUGCGGAGCUGCACAGCGUGGUAGCACAAGCCCUGAGUCUACAAGAGAAAUAACAGCUUUGUGGCCAGAAGAACCAAGAAAAAGGGUCCUGCGGGCAGGAAGGGGAAUCUUUCAUGUAGGGGAAUCUCCAAAAUGAGAAUGCAGGAGGAAAUUCCCUAAUUCUGAGUCUGAGCCCUCAGGAGUACCAGGUUAUCCCUGAGAUGCACAUGCGUGUGACAUGCCCUAAGUGCACAGAAAAGACUUUGAGAACUGAACAAAGAUUAAACCUUUUAAAAUUUGAAGACUUCAGCCAGGCACAGUGGCUUACACCUGUAAUCCCAGCACUUUGGGAGGCCAAGGCAGAUGUAUCACCU